AUGGCUUCCAAGAUUUCUGUCCUCGCUCUUCUUCCUCUGGCCCUUGCCAAUCUUGACAAGCCUGUCAUCCAGCCCAACUUUCCGGGAGGUGGUCUGGCAUCUCUAGGCCAGGGUCUCUUGGACAACUUGAAGCCUACUCAGUCGACUUCAGACGUCUGGGGCGCUGGCUGGAUUCCCGCAGACUGCAAGUCUUUGGUUCAGGGUGCCGGACUCUCGCCAAACGAUAUUACACCUUUCAACAUUCACUACACCGACUGCUCUCAGACCUGGACGUUCUGCCGACACAAGGACUCCCCUCUCAGCCAGACUGACAUUAUCGACCUCUUUGGCCGUGUGCCCGUCCGCAUGAGGGACUACAUUCGCCACUACGUCUUCAUUCCCGGCAACAAGUCGGCCGGCUCCAGCGGUGACAACACUCUCAUGGUUGGCGACGUCGACAUUACCGUCUUCCUCCACGAGAUUGGCCACAGCUUGGACUCCCACGCCUUUGACCCUUCAUACGGCGUGCCUUUCUCCACCGGCAACGUCUGGAUCUCCAACUAUAACCAGGACUCCGCCGUGACAGAUAGUUAUGCCCAGAGCAGCCAGCAGGAGAACUUUGCUCAGGAAACCGUCGUUUCGGUGUACGACAAGAACGUACCCGGCGGCAUUGGCAACAUCCAGCCCAACUGGCAGGCCAUCUUCCACCAAUACGCCACCCUCGAGGGAUACAUUGGCGACACCAUCAUCCCCGGCGGCACAUGCGUCAACCGCCUCACGGACAGCCAGCCCGUGACCAUGAGCAACUCUGCCAAGUUCCGCCGCACCUUGGGCCCCAAGCCUACGGUCUCUUUGAGCCCGGAUGUCAAGGAGAUCAAGCCCAUUCCCAUGGCUGAUUCCAUCAAGAUGACUUCGUUUGAUGAGCAUGGCAAGCCCAACGGCACUUAUGUCAUCAACCUUUAA